UAGCAAAUCAUUUGUCCGUGAGAUGCAGAGGAUGCCGCUGUCCCAAUGCGAUGCUGCUGGCUUCAUCGCCAAUAUAAAGGGGCGGGCACCGUCCGGGUUCCCUCCCCAUUUCCCCACUGCCAACCAUCAUAGCCACCUUGCCUCCUUUCCCUGCGCCUUCCUACACGUGUGCCAUACAACAAAAUGAAGCUUUCCGUUGUUUCCGCCGGCAUCGCGGCGCUUUUGGCUUUCCAAGGAGCCGAAGCCAAGAGGGCUUUCCGAAUCCCUAACACUGAGAGCUGCAUUGAUGCGGGUCCGCGAUACACUCUCCAGAUGUGGGCCGAUUGCAACGGGACCAACAAUCAGUUCUACGACUUCAUCAACCAGGAUUGGACUGGCGCCGCGCAAUUGCGGAGCGUGCAGCAGGGACUCUGCUGGGAUGCCUCUCAGGCGACUCACAUGACGAGGAUCAAUCUGUCUCCAUGCAAUGAUGAGGUAUCUAAAUGGAAGAUGGACGGGGCGAAAGUGAGGCUGUACAAGAAAGGCCGCGAUACAGGCAUGUGCGCCUGGACCCCCUCGGAGACCACCCACUCAGUAAACCUUGUGGAAUGCGCCGGUGCGAUGGAGUGGCAGGGUUAAAUGGAAGGCAAAAGUGAAGCUCGCAUGCAUCGACUCCGUCUCACAUGGCCAAGAUUGGGG